GUUUUAGUAAAACUUCUGCCAUAAUCUUUGCUGCGCGUUACUUUAAAAAAACUCCGCGAACCUUUUUUUCCUACAAGCUGGAUUGGUUUCAGUGUAUCUUCUCUUAACACAAACCAAAUCUAAACAACUGAAAUGGCCUUGAAGCGCAUUAACAAGGAGCUGAAAGAUCUCCAACGUGACCCGCCUUCCUCUUGCUCGGCAGGCCCUGUCGGUGACGACCUCUUCCACUGGCAAGCUACCAUUAUGGGCCCCGAAGACAGCCCUUACCAAGGUGGCGUCUUUUUCUUGUCCAUUCACUUCCCGACAGACUAUCCAUUCAAACCCCCAAAGAUCAAUUUCACGACCAAGAUUUAUCAUCCCAAUAUCAACACCAACGGAAGUAUCUGUUUGGAUAUCCUCAAAGAUCAAUGGUCACCUGCGUUGACGAUUUCGAAGGUCCUGCUGUCAGUGUGCUCACUGCUUACCGAUCCUAACCCAGAUGAUCCGCUUGUGCCAGAGCUUGCACAUAUCUACAAGACCGACCGCGGACGCUAUGAAACAACUGCACGGGACUGGACUAGAAAAUAUGCCAUGUAAUGACGAAGUGGUGAUGGUUUUUUACUUUAGGGUCCAUCUUAGUUUAACAUUUUAAAUGACGUUAUCCUUUUCUGUUCCCUUUGCAUUACACUUUUUUCUGGCUCUUCAAUUUCUUAUUGUUUAAAUUUUCCUGCAUAAACAUCUCUUUAUAUUUGAGCAAAGA